GAACGUCAAGUGUCUGCCGCGUCUUUACUUUAGUCUUUGGUGUCAAUCAAAGUGCGAGUGACGCCGUAAUGAUAAGCAAAUUUUAACAAACAGCAUUAGUGAUUGCAAAAUUAGAGGCAAAUCAAGGAAAAUAAUACCUAGUAACCAAAUGUACCAUUGACAAUUGGUAGCCAAGGAUUUCGGAUAUGGGAGAAAGAGAAGCUGUUAGCUCCUCUGACGAUGGCUUACAUGAUAAUUUAGAAACAUCCAGCGUACCGGGCACAAGUGGAACGUCAGUGCCACCGAAAAAUCCCUCUCUGGCUUUCAAAACACCUUCAUUUGACAAGACAGAUAACCAUGACACCUUCGAACCCAUCAAUUUCACCCCUGAGCCUGUGCAAGAAGUGCCUCCACAAGAUAUGCGCCGUGAAGAUGAGCGCCUAAAAACAUUCAAAAACUGGCCUGUCCCGUCUGUAAGACCAGAAGUUCUUGCAAAAAAUGGCUUUUAUUACCUCGGUCGCGGCGACGAAGUUCGUUGCGCAUUUUGUAAAGUAGAAAUCAUGAAAUGGGUUGAAGGCGAUGAUCCCGCGAGUGAUCACCAACGGUGGGCACCUCAAUGCCCAUUCUUAAAGGGUCCAUCUGCUGUUGAACCUGUCGGCCGAGAUGAGUGCGGUGUUAGAGCACCACCUACUACUACUUCCGCUAUUCAAAUGCCAGGUCCAGUACAUCCCAAAUACGCUUCACAGGCUGCUCGUCUACGCACUUUUAAGGAUUGGCCCCGAUGUAUGCGUCAAAAGCCUGAAGACCUAGCCGACGCUGGUUUCUUUUACACUGGCCAAGGGGACAAAACAAAAUGCUUUUACUGCGAUGGUGGAUUGAAAGAUUGGGAGGAGGAUGAUAUCCCGUGGGAACAACACGCCCGCUGGUUCAAACGCUGUGCCUUCGUCCUACUUGUCAAAGGCAAACAAUUUGUGCAGAAGGUCAUAACAGAGUCGUGUUUCAUAGAAGCUAACGAGGAAGACACCAUACCUCCGGCUGUAAAACCACAAGAGCCCAAAAAGGAAGAAGCCCCGAUAGAAGAUUCAAAACUGUGUCAAAUUUGUUUCUCUGAGGAACGCAACAUCUGCUUCGUGCCAUGCGGUCAUGUCGUGGCUUGCGCGAGGUGUGCAUUAGCAAAUUCCAAUUGCCCAAUGUGCAGAAGGACGAUUCAGUAUGCUCAGCGAUUAUAUUAUCCCUGUGUGACAUGUGCGACUCACGUAGGCGGCAAGACAUUAAAAAACCAAAGUUCCACAAAAUGUCAGCACCAAUCACGAAAGUCAGUAAUAACAUUAUUCGUAUAGUAACAGUCGUUCAUUAUAAAAGUACUUAGCCCAUAUAUUUUACACUACACCACAUGCUAUCAGAAUUUCAUCGGAACAAUCGCCCGUUUGUAAUGUGCGCUCGCUAGACUUCAGACAUUUGACAACCAGUCUCAGUGUUGAUAGUCGCUACCAUCCGCGUUACAUAUUUAACCGUUUCAUAAUAAAAAUAAUUGUGUAGCGCUUCUUGCAGUCCCAAGAGGAACUAAAAUGUACCUUACACAUUAUUAUGCGAGAUCGCUAGCGAUUAUUGACAUUGUAAAGUCGCAGCACAGGUACUGAUUUUAAUGAAGUGUAUGUUGCUUCGUUUAUGAUCUGGUGAAAGUGCAUUUCAAAAUGAACUUCACUUGUAGAUCGGUCUUUGUCGCUAGUCACCAAAUAGAACAAACAAAGAGACGCCACCUAGAUUUGGCACACAGGCGCCACUGAGGGACGGCGCGGCCCUGAUUGGGGGCGACUGCACGCCUCCGGGGCUCUGAUGAGCAUUCUGAACAGCCCGCAGCCGUUUUGCUGUGAUGUAAUUAUAUAGUUUCGGUGGGGCAAUAUGUGGAUUGCAAUUAGCGGCG